UGUCAGCUUGCUGUUCAAGUUGUACUGCCUCACAGUGAUGACCCUAGUUGCUGCAACAUACACAGUAGCAUUGCGGUACACACGGACAGUGGAAACAGAACUGUACUUUUCAACUACCGCUGUGUGCAUCACUGAAGUAAUCAAGUUAUUCUUAAGUGUGGGCAUCUUGGCGAAAGAAACUGGAAGUCUGGCAAGGUUAAUAACAUCUUUAAAAGAAAAUGUAUUAGGAAGUCCUAAGGAAUUACUAAAAUUAAGUGUUCCAUCUUUGGCGUAUGCUCUCCAAAACAAUAUGACUUUUGUGGCUCUUAGCAAUUUGGAUGCAGCAGUCUACCAGGUGACAUACCAGCUGAAGAUCCCUUGUACAGCUUUAUGUACAGUCUUAAUGCUAAGCCGUUCCCUUAGCAAAUUGCAGUGGUUCUCUGUCUUUAUGCUGUGUGGUGGUGUUACGCUUGUGCAGUGGAAGCCUGCUCAGGCUACAAAAGUACAGGUGGAACAGAAUCCAUGGCUAGGGUUUGGAGCAAUUGCUGUUGCUGUAUUAUGUUCAGGAUUUGCAGGAGUUUACUUUGAGAAGGUAUUAAAGAGUUCAGAUACUUCCUUGUGGGUGAGGAAUAUUCAGAUGUACUUAUCUGGGAUUGUGGUGACUUUAUUUAGUGUCUACAUGUCAGAGGGAGCCCAAGUUCUUGAGAAAGGAUUUUUCUAUGGCUAUACAUACUAUGUCUGGUUUGUCAUAUUUCUUGCCAGUGUAGGUGGCCUCUACACUUCUGUUGUUGUUAAGUACACAGAUAACAUUAUGAAAGGCUUUUCUGCAGCAGCAGCCAUUGUUCUUUCUACCAUUGCAUCAGUCAUCCUCUUUGGUCUCCAGAUAACUGUUACCUUUUUGCUGGGUGCUCUCCUGGUGUGUAUUUCUAUUUACCUCUAUGGAUUACCUCGACAAGACACUACAAAAAUCCAGCCCUCAGAGACUAAGAGUUCCAAAGAGAGACUUGUUACUGUGUGACAUUGUCCGUAACAAAUGGACGCAGGCAACAGAAAAAAAUGGACUGGAAACAAACCUGCAUUUUUUUUUUUUGAAAUUAGCCUUAAGCUAGUCAUGAGACAGUUUAAGUGGGAUAGAAUAAAAGCAGAAGUUAGUUCUGUUUUACACGUGAAGUUUUUUUUUUUUUUUUUCCAGUGGCUGAUGCUGAGGCUACAUUGUUGCCAAGGAUCUGGAUGAGUAGUUUAAUUAUUAAAGGUAUACUUCAUUCAUGUUGGACAAUGAAGAGUCCCAUUUACAAGGAAAGCAGAAUGAAGGAACUGAAAAUCAAUUGUAUAUAAUGUACAUAACGGAGGGAAAUUUGGUUCUUACUAUGUAUUUGAUAAAACGUCUUGCCAUUUGAGGGCGCAAAUGCCCCAAAAGCUUCAACAUUCUAUUAAAAAGAGCACUUAUUGCCAGCAUUUUCUUUUAAACUGUUUGGCAGUGUGAUUAAUCACAGGAAAAGUUUUAUCUUCUCGUUAACACAGAUCAGAUUAACACAGUAUGUCACUAGUGUUUUUAUGAUAAAUUUAACAGUAUUUUUUAAAUGCAGCCAAGUCUGGCUGUCCUUUCACAUCUUCACCAGUAGCAACCGUGCUUCAUGCAGUAUUUAUCUAGAAGUACUCAGAAGUAGCCCUUGCUAAACAAGAUCUUUAGAAAAAGGUUUUAGAAUUAUUUAAAAAGUUAUAAUGAAAAAUUAAUUCUCACUCUUUUAAAAAAAAAAAAAAAGCAUUUAAAGUGAAUGCAACUUAAUAGCUACUGCAACUAUUAGAGGCGUGAGUUUUUUUACGCGCUACUUGUCAAAUAAAUUCCAAUUGUACAGAAGAACAUCAACGUGUAGGUAAGUGUUCUUGUAUCUCCAGCUUAGUAGGAAGGAAUCAAAACAAGGCAUUAGGCUAGCUGAUUUAGCUGUCUCUCAAAGCCUUUUUGUACAUUACAGAGUGAUGCUUGAAAACAGUUCCUGCAAUGUAUGUCAGGCUCUGAUUUA